AUGGCCAGGAUUGGCAAGUGGAAAAAUAAGGAACGGGUUCUCAUCUUUUCUUCAAGAGGAAUAAAUUUCAGAACAAGACAUUUAAUGCAGGAUUUGAGGACCUUGAUGCCUCAUUCUAAAGCAGAUACUAAAAUGGAUCGAAAAGAUAAAUUAUUUGUGAUUAAUGAGGUCUGUGAAAUGAAAAACUGCAAUAAAUGCAUCUAUUUUGAAGCUAAGAAGAAGCAAGAUCUUUAUAUGUGGCUUUCAAAUUCACCUCAUGGACCCUCUGCCAAAUUUCUUGUUCAAAAUAUUCAUACCCUAGCUGAAUUAAAGAUGACUGGAAACUGUUUGAAAGGUUCUCGACCACUUUUAUCUUUUGACCCUGCUUUUGAUGAAUUGUCACAUUAUGCUUUGUUAAAAGAACUCUUAAUUCAGAUUUUUAGUACACCACGGUAUCAUCCCAAAAGCCAACCAUUUGUGGACCAUGUAUUUACUUUCACCAUUCUGGAUAAUAGGAUAUGGUUUCGGAACUUCCAGAUCAUAGAUGAAGAUGCUCAACUUGUAGAAAUAGGACCUCGUUUUGUUUUAAAUCUGAUAAAG